AUGAAGCCGGAGACCUCCAUCAUCGAGAGGUUGCGUCUGCCAGUAGCGGCCCCGAGAAGAGCGGGAGACGAUGACAAUAUGGACACUUACGUCAAUCAAGCACUCAUGAGUGCUGUACAUGCCUUCUCCUCUCGAUGGCUACCAGCUGGCUUUUUCAAUACUACAGGAAGCGAUGACCAAGCCGCCCGAAGACGUUUCAUGCAGACUCUAUGGGACCAAGCGCAUGCAGACGUACUUUGUGUGCUGACACUGCCCUGCUACCGCUCGAUUCUUGCGCUCUAUCUGUUCGCCAUCACGCCGUUGGUAGGAUCCAGCGCAAUGCAUCCGGUCAGCCAAAUGUGCUACGAGACGUCCUUACGGCACUACCUUCAGCUUCGACUCGAAUCGCGAAUAUCGCUACCAGACGUCGGCCCAAACCAGCACGUCCCAAAUUCGACGGAUCGAGAUGAACUUGAUCAUCUCGAGGAUAGCGCAUACUGGUUUGGAAUAGUAUGCGACGUGUCGAGAAGUCUGCUAAGGUGUCAGCCUCCCAUCGUCUUGUCGGGCCCCAGCGCACACGCACGAGUGUGGCAGCUUGUUUCCAGACAAGUCGAAGACUUUGCAGCCCAAAGCAUCAGUAUGCACACGUCAAAAGAUAUAUUAGAUGAUGCGACAGUGCUCCAAAUACUGCAAAUGGGCAGCUCUUGUAAAACCAUGUGCUGGGCUGCCAUAACCGAUGUCCAGGAUACAUUGUUCUACGAACGCACCAGUUUGUCUUUCCAGCAAUCCUUGAGCUUCUGCCUCGACAUGUUGCAGCAGUUUGAGGCCAUAUUCCUGCCCUUACUGGACAAGUGCGCGCGGGAUUUUCUGUUGCUUAGCGACAAGAGCCGACUUGGUUAUGUUUGGCUUGUGCUUCAUUUUAAUCUUGGAGUCCUCAUCCUGGCGGACACUCUGGUCGCCGGCUCUGUCGCGUUGACACUCGACAACCAAGUCUCGAUCGACGAACACCGGCUCGCUUCGACCAGAGCAGUUGUUAACGUCAUCAAUCUUGUUCGCCAACUCGACAGCUUCAACAUGGAUCAACCGAGUCUGCUCUUGCGUGACCCCUACCCGGAACAUGCCAGUAAUUGUCUGAACCGUGCGGCUAAGUCAGUGCUAGGAUUGGUACAGGCAGCUACGAUCACGGCAGAUGCUGCAGCUAUUUUUGCAUCUGCACUCUUACAAGGCCUCCAGAUUAUCAGUCAAAUAUCUUUCAGUGCCUCUGAAGCGUUGCCAACCUUACUGAACCUCCUUCACGACAAUGGUAUUCCAGUCAGUGCCAAGCACUCAUCCUCGCAAACGCCCAUGGGAGCCAAUGUCUCCAUUGUACUGGACUCGGCGGUGACUCCCGAGAUGCUGGAGCACGAGACACUGAAGGAACUUGGACAGCAGGCUGCCACCGACCCAGCUCUUGUGUCGAAGACGAUAGAGCGUCACGAGGCCGCGGAAGCAACACCCAAUUUUGGUCUGGACUAUCUCCAAUUCAUUGAUUUCACUGCUGUGACGGGUGACUGGGACUUCGAUGACUGCUUUGCUGGCGCGUAA